AUUUCAAUUUUUCGCUUGCUCGGAGAAUACCCGCCGCUGUUGGUCUUUGCUUUUUUUCGCUAUCCCCUUGUGGAAUUUGUACUUUAUUAUAUUUUUUUGCUCUUUACUCUCUAAAUCCAACUUUUUACUCAACGACAACAAUGUUUUCUGCUGUUACCAGGACCGGAAUUCUCAACGCCACCCGCACCCCCUUCAGCCGCGCCGUUGCUGCCCAGACCACACGUGCGUUCAUUGCCACUCCCGCGCGUCGCGUCGAUGAGCCCCAGAGCGUAGUUGCUGAGCGUGCGCGGAAGCACCGGCCAGUGUCCCCUCACCUGAGCAUCUACCAGCCGCAGAUGUCCUGGAUCCUCUCAGGUCUCCACCGCAACACCGGUGUGGUCAUCUACGGGGCGGCCCUUGUGUACACGGCAGCGUUUGGUCUUGCGCCGAUGCUUGGCCUGGACAUGUCGUCAGUUUCCGUCGCUAGCACUCUGGCUGCUGCGCCUGGGCCCCUGCUGAUUGCACUCAAGGCGUUCUUCUCCGGAUGUCUGUCGUUCCACUACUUUGCGGGCAUCCGCCAAAUGGUUUGGGACGCCGGAAAAGCUGUCAACAACAAGGCUGUUUUUACCACCGGGUAUGCUGUUAUUGCCGCGAGCGCACUGGCCACGGGAUACCUGACCUUCUUCUGAGCGUGUAAGCAGAGCCCGUGUCAUGGCUUGUGUCUUGGUUCUUUUGAUUUUGUUGUUUGAAAAUCUAAUUACAAGUGAUUGGUUGAUUUUAUUUUCUAUUUUUCGUCAUUGUGAAAUUUCGUCACUGUGAAAUUUCGUCACAAUCCCUGACACUCAGCUGGACUUUUCCCAAUCGAACCUACGUCUUGUUUUUCCACCUGGGCUUCUCAUUCAUGCACGAUACUCGGCAGUAUUCAAAAAGUGUCGAUUUUGUGCAUCAAUUUCGAAAACAAACGAAAAGUAUUAUAAAGAAAAAAGAGAAAAAAGCAACGGAUUGCCAAACAGGCUGGAGAUCAGUUUAGUCGGUCCACCUGCCCCAGCGCACAUGGUUUUUUCAAUUAGCGGUCUGGCCAAAGAAGCAAAAAACAAAGCUUUGGUUCGCAUCAUGCAGGAAACACCUCUUCUA